UGUGGUGCAUGAGCGCACGCGCAUUUCUGAUCGGCGCGUGGACGGUGAUGAUGAGAGCGUGACCUCACCGCUUUCUGCACAGCUGCUGGAGAGGAGAGGGAGACACGCAAAGAGAAAGCGCAACACGGACACGCGUUGAGGGAAACGCAGAGAAGUACACAACAGCGGAGAACAUUCAGAACACAACUGCUCGGUGUGCGGGUCUCCGUUGCGGGGCGUCCGUUGGCUUCUCCCCCCGGGUCCGCCUCCCAGAAUGUUCUGUGCCCCCGGUUCAUUUCUACGGUACACGAACCAGUCGCCGCGGCGUCCCCACGGACACUGAAGCCCAGAUGCUCACCCUCUCCGCUGACAUGGACGAGUCUUCGUCGCUGCUGGAUUUGCUGGAGUGCUCGGUGUGCCUGGAGCGCCUGGACACCACGGCCAAAGUACUGCCGUGCCAGCACACCUUCUGCCGCCGCUGUCUGGAGAACAUUGUCAGCUCCCGGAACGAGCUCCGCUGCCCGGAGUGCCGCAUCCUGGUGGACUGCGGUGUGGAUGAUCUGCCGGCUAAUAUCCUCCUGGUUCGCCUCCUGGAUGGUAUCAAGCAGCGGCCCCAGCGAGGGAGCGGAGGAGGCGUAGGAGCUGGCGGCAAGCAGUCGCUGGCUGGGGGCUCGCUGCAGGGUUACGCAGCCGGGAUAUCCGCUUCUUCCCCGGGCAGCGCAGUCAGAGAGCUGCCCGUAGCCACCAGGAGCGCCCCUGUUAAGAAUAUCCCAGCACUGCCUUGUGGUAAAGCCCUCUACUCCUAUGAAGGCAAGGAACCAGGCGAUCUUCAGUUUUCCAAGGGUGACAUCAUCAUCCUGCGACGCAAGGUGGACGACAACUGGUACCAUGGCGAGCUCAAUGGUUGCCAUGGUUUCUUGCCUGCUAGUUACAUUCAGUUGCUGCGUCCCCUGAGCCAGACUCCACCCCAGGGCAAAGCACUGUACGACUUUGAGGUCAAAGACAAAGACCAGGAUAAAGACUGUCUGGCUUUCAGCAAGGAUGAGGUGCUGACAGUAAUCAGGCGAGUGGAUGAAAACUGGGCAGAAGGCAUGCUGGGAGACAAGAUUGGUAUCUUCCCUAUCCUCUAUGUGGAGCUAAAUGAAACAGCUAAGCAGUUAAUGGAAAUCGACAAGCCUACAUCAACUAACGUUCCAGGCCCGAGCUCCGAGCCAGCCCCGCUGGGCCCUUGCUCUCCUUGCCCCUCCCCCAGUGUUUCACCAUCCAAUGGGAAUGGCUCUGGCCAUCGGAGGGGUGAAGGAAAGAAAAAUGCCAAAAAGCGGCAUUCGUUUACAGCACUGUCCGUCAGCCAGAGGGCCACCCAGCUCAACAACAGGCACAGUAUGGAGAUCUCCCACCCAGUCCUCAUCAGCUCGUCUGACCCCAGAGCUGCUGCACGCAUCCAGGAUGCAUCUCCCCCAGGUCCCUCUCCCUCCUCGGCAGGGGUACUGGUGCCCCCUAAAGUGGCAUCCAUAACCUCUGAGCUGCUGGCCCAUGCCAAGGUGCAGCUGCCUCUCAACAUAUAUCUGGCUCUGUACGCCUACAAGCCUCAGAAGGCUGAUGAGCUUGAACUUAGGAAAGGUGAGAUGUAUCGGGUGACAGAGAAAUGUCAAGAUGGAUGGUUCAAGGGCACCUCACUGAGAACUGCUGCCUCCGGUGUUUUCCCCGGAAACUAUGUCACCCCCGUGUCCAGGGCUUCAUUUGGAGUGGGUGCUACUCGAGGCUCGGGUCUGUCCAGUCCAGUGGGUAGUGGAGGAGGUGGGUGUAGUCAGGUGGGGAGUAAAAUCUCUGACCCUUCGUCGCCAGGGUCCCCGGGGCCCUCUUCAUCCCGUCCCUCCACCCCACUAGUAAUCUCAUCCAACUCUAUUUGUCCUGCCUCUUCGCCGCAAACUGCCGCCGCUCAGCUGAAGAACUGCCUGCGCUCCGGUCAGCAUAUGGUUAACCAGGCACGCACCUCAAUGCAGCUGGUCCACAGUCCUCCUGCUGGAAGCCCAGAGCGCCCCGCAGUUGGCAUCUCUCCAGUGCGUCCUCAUAGCUCCUCCCCCUCACGUUGCCCCAGCCAGUCAGGUCGUCCUCUCUCCAUGGUGUCUCCAGGACCGAGCUUAGGGCCCUCACCCCUCUCUUCCCCUGCUUCACGACCGCUCCUCCCCCUUUCGUCCCCUCUGUCAUGUCUCACACCUCCUAACGUGUCAGUGGUGCUCCUCAAUGGUGAGCCAGCCAGUCCACUGCAGCCUCCUUCACCCGGUCCCUCCCACGCCCCCACCCAGGGCGUCCUCGCACCCAAAGUAGAGAAGAAGGAGAGAAAAGCAGGAGGUUUGUUAAAGCUCCUGUCAGGAGCUGCGGCCAAGAAGAAAUCUCGCUCACCCCCGUCAUCCCCACCCACCCAUGACCCCUCAGCGGCCGGCCAGGGUGCAUUGGCCACUGACCCCACACAUCAUCCUCAAUACCACCAUCACCACGCUCGCUCAGGUUCCUGUCCAAUGGCAUCCCAGGGGCGAGCGGGCUCCUGUCCGAUUGAGAGUGAGAUGGCAGGAGCGAUGGGGCUGGAGCCUCUGCACAGGAAAUCCGGUUCCCUGGACACCAACUUUCCCAAGUCGCCCCCGGCACCACGCACUGGCAACCCUCUCAUGGUUCUCCGACCUGAACCCAAACCCCUGUCCAGAGAACGGUAUCGUGUGGUUGUGCCCUACCCCCCCCAGAGCGAGGCAGAGAUCGAGCUGCGGGAAGGAGACGUGGUGUUCGUCCACAAGAAGAGGGAGGACGGUUGGUACAAAGGCACCCUGCAGAGGACGGGACAGACGGGCCUGUUUCCCGGGAGCUUUGUCGAGAGCUUCUGAACUGGAGAAAGUGGACUAAACAACACACACUCCUGUUCCUCAGUCACAAAACGCACACACACACAAUCUACCAGUUUACAAAGCUACACACACAACAGUUGGACCAAUACUGGUUUCCCAGAAUUAUACUUUUGGAUUAUAAAUGGAUACUGACCUGCAGAAACACCUGUGUCAACUUGCCUUAAAAAGCUGCGAGCCGUAAGAAAGUAAUUUAUGGAUUUCGAUUGAGCAUUUAAGUUUUACAUAAUGGUCAAAAUACAUUUUAUAGUUUUUCCACAGAAUAAUCUGUCAGUAAAAACUGAACUGGUCAGAAAUCAUUAUUAAUGGUGAUAGUCUUCAGAAACCCAUAUUGGUCCAAUUAAUUCACACACACGCACGCACACACAGCAAAUCUAGGCUCAGCUUCGACCGGCCCAGCCACACAGGAAGCGGGGAGGCGUUUCCCCUCAUUCGUCCCGGGGACAGCACUGGGUCAGUUGACUACCGAAAGCACGCAGACUCAAAGAGCACAGAAAGACAAAGCCUGCCUCCCAGCUCUCCUCCCUGGCAUCAUCCACCAGCAAACACUAGCACAAAAAGCAUUAGCUCUGCUUUCCACUGAGACCUCAGAACUUGAAUUUGGGUGCUUUCUCUGUUUAAAAAGUGAUAAUUUACCACCAGGUGAGCCAAAACUCCAGCACAUCUCAGCGUCUAGUUCGUGACAAGAACCUUGUUUCUUUUCAACCCAGUAUGUGUUAACAACAAUGCAUGUAGCAUUAUUAGGUUCUUAAAUGUUGAAAUAGAUGUUUGUAUUGCCCCAAAUUAGUCUUUUUGUUUUUAAUUGGUGCAAAAAGUAAAAUCUGAAUUAAGUGAUUCAUUUUUUCUAUUUACAUACUGUAGGUUACAUAAAUUUGUAUACUUUUUUUCUUUACAUUUGACCUCUGAGAGCUGCGUUAAACAGAAUUAACGGGCUUGCUGAAUGUAGACAGAAACAGAUGGUUGCACCAAAACUCUUAAAGGAACUGAUUUGUAUUUGUAGUGCUUCUCUGUGGGAAAGAGAAUGCACUUUGUAACAUCUGACACAGCCUACUCAGUAUUUUACACAUGCCAGUGUUAUUUAUUUCACUAAAAGGAUUCUAUUGCCUCUUGUCACAUCACUGUAAUUUAAGAGCAAACUGUUUUGUUUAAGCAGGUACAAACCUUCUUGAUAGGACACAGUUAUGUUGAAACUUUUAUCCAGUCAUUUUAGAUUGGAAUGUAAAAAUUUCACAACACAAACCAAAAGAACUGAUGGCAUUGUUUGUCCCAGACAUCAGCAACAGUAUUCCUCUCACUCAGCCUUUUCUUGAGCUACUGUCAAGAGUUAUUUGUCUGACUGCAAUGAAAUUGUGAAACCAAACGUUAUGGAAGAAGGUACAGCUGAAGGGGAAACGCCUGUGAGUCAGAGAGCAGGGGCACAGGUUUUUCAUCGUACAGCUGCCAACUUUGACAACAACUUUUCUUCAGAUCUUGUCGACUUUUAACAAGUAUUUUUGUACCGCUUCAGUGAAUGUAUAGUCAGUCCGCUUUGUGAGUUUCUAUGCGUCCUGAGUGUGGAUUCAGGCUUGUCUAGUUUACAUCCAGCCACAACCAGCUACCUGUUUUGAAAAUAGAAGCACAGUGAAACCCGGAGCCUGACUCGCUCACUGUGUGUGUGUGUUUUGUGUAUAUGUGGGUGUCGCAGAGUGAAAGAUCAGCAGGAUUUUGAUACUAACCGUGUAUCAGAACACAGUAGUAGGGCAGGAGUGACUUUCCUCACCUGAGCCAGAGCAAAGCACAUGCUGCCACCGGCCAUGUGCACACAGGUGAGGCUCACUCAGUGGCUGAGUGGAUUUAUGGUCCAUAUGGAAAAGAAAACAAAUACAACUGUUUAAAGAUAGAAAAUAUAACACAAACUGAAGAUGGCACAGAUUCUAGUUUCUUUGUUUUUUUGUUUUCGUCUUGUGUUUUGCAUUUCAUCAGUGACAAACUGCCCAGAGUCAGCCAACCUCUAGAGCAUCUGUCAGCUUUAGUCGUGUUGUAUUUCCAUAUAAUGUGACUGCAGAAUAAACACAAAGAUUAGAGACCUUCCACAAAGCUCUCCACAGAAUUGCAGUAAACAAACACAAGACAGAAGUGACAGCACAGAUGAUACAUCAGAAUGAAAAAUGCAGUUUUAUGCCACAGGUUUUCUAUCAGCCUCUCCCCUCGUGUAGAUUCUAAGUCUGAUACUUUUGUCCAUACAGUUAUUAUCAGCACAAUACUUUAAAGUUAAAAUUGGCAGAAAGAGGACUGUGACUAAAAAUGGGGAUGACCUGUUAUGGUGUUGCCAUCGAGGAGACAAAAGCACAAGCAAAUUGUUUUCCCACUGUUUGAGUGUGUGUGUUUGUGUGUGUGUGGUUUGGGGUGAUGGGGGUAAAUUGGCCUAAAUUCAUUAAACUGUGAAGGAAAAUGAACAAAAAUGUGGAGGGUAGAUCAACUUUAGCAAGCGAGAACACACACAGUCAUUCUAGAGAGGAACAUGGUCUACAGUCAUUAUCUGGCAGCUGGCAGUGCACUAUGGGUAAUCUUGCAUAUCUGGAGCGGCAGAUGAAACCAAAACCACACUAAGAUUAAAAAAAAAAAUUCUGCAGGUCACAGCUCACACAGACUAGAGCUAGACUGACAUUUUUUAAUUUAGAAUUGUCAAAUGGUUUAAUUUCUUACAUAUUUAAUUUUAAAUUGGCCCAUUUUUCUAUAAAUUUACUUUGUUUUGUAAGUGUGGUGUUUUAGUAGUUCACCCAAGAAAAAGCGCCGUUCUAUUAGUUAUGAAAAGGGUGAAAACUAAGAAUAUUAGUAGAAGCUUCAAUCCAAACAUAGUCACUCAUAGUCAAACUCUAGUGCCUACAAAUGCCAACACACACACACACACGAAUACACACCGGCAUCUAACUAGUUUGUCUUCUUCUUUCGCACAUCCUUCAUCUACUUUGUUGGUACAAUGAGCCAACUAGUUGGUUGACUUGACUCGAUGACAAAAACCAGCAGUUCCCAGAACAGCUCUGUACAAAACCUCAGAGAGAGGUUUUCUUUAUGUCUUUGUACGCUCGCUGAAUGGAGGACUCUAAUUUCUACUGAGUCUAACUUAAGCACAAGUCCUCAUUUGUGUCGGAGAUCACCGGGUCUCUGCAGCAGUUUCUUUUUCAUGGGGUUGACGCUGUGAAGAGGAGGAGAGGAGUUUACAAGAGUCAGAACAUCAGGAAUACAACCACUCCACAGUGGUCACUUUAUAUCGAAUAACUUGAACAGAUGGUUUCAGAAAUAUUUUCAGUUUUAUUUACAUGAUGGAAACUUGUCUUAUGCUUCAGCUUCCUGAUUGUAUAUGUACGACAGAGUUUUCAUGGUGACAGCUUGAAAAAUGUUUUUUUUUCUUCCUUAUGGCUUGAAAAAAUGAAAAAAAGCCAUUAACAGUGGUGGAAAAUCACUUUGGACAUGAAACACAACAUUGCACAUCCAGUUUUUCAUUGGAGUUGAUUAUCAUAUUGCUGUCCGCUCACUUCCCAGGAAGCCUGAGCACUCACCCUGCCAUCUUGAAUUAGAUGUCAGCCAUGUUUUUCCUAUGUAUACUUCUGUGUGUGUGUGUGUGUGUGUGUGUGUGCGCGCGUGCAUGUGGGAAGUGACAGGGCCUCUGUUAUGUAGCUCUUUACAUAUAAAAGGAGCUUUAUGAAAAUGUUUGGUGUGACACGGACACUCAUGCCUCAUCAGGACUCUGAGCCGGGUUGUUUGAGUACAGUGGUACAGUGUGAGAAACUGAAAAAAAACCUGAAAAUAUAUAUAUAAUUCUAUAUUGUGCAGAAUAUUUAUUGGCCUUUUGCACCACUGAAGUCAUGCUCUGUCCUGGCCAUGUCCAGCGCUCUACCAUGUGAUCAUUAUGCAUUGUCUUGUAUUGAUGACCCGUGGUUG